CACAGGCAGAGUGGAAUCCAGGGUCUCUGAGACCUCGCGUUAUUAGCUUAUACCCGCAGCGCUUCGGUUCGGUUCGCUUCCUCCCAACAACAGGUGUAAAGGAGCGGCUGGAUGAACAGACAGAAAUCGAGGAUAAGAGAAUAUAACCAGAGGAUAUUUGCAAAUAGUGAUAAUUGUAAAGAAGUAGGUUACAUGUCCUGCAAAAUUGACGGAGUUCACUUCAUCGUCUUUCUAUGCGCGCUGCGCACGCUUUCCAUCCUGUCUGCCCCAGUUUUCUGCGCUAUAGGCUGCACCAUUUCUAUCUCUUUCUGACGGAAAAAGAGAAGAGAUUAUGAAGAAAAACAACUGUGCUAUGUUAAUGGAUGUCCUCUCACUCACACGGAAUAAUGGAAUAAAGUAGGAUAUAGGCUACUCUGAAGAUAAAAACAUAUGCAUUUAUCAUCAAGGAUUCGACGAUGUGAAGUCCUCUUAUAGAACACGGAUUGUUAUAGGUUAUUCGUUUAGUACCUAAAUACGGAAUACAGCCAUAGUUAUUUUUUUGUUUUGUUUUGAAAACCAGUUGUUGCAUCCCCUAAACGCGGAAUAGCCUGGAAAAUAAAAAGGCAUCUUUCUAUGUGGGUUCAAUUGAUAUAUCCCUAACAUCCACGGCGAAAUGUGAGUUAUAUGUUGUAUUUACUUUGAGUCAUCAUACACAGUCUAAAACUAAUGUUUUCUAGGCUUUUUGUGGGUUCAGAUCGGUAAAGAAGGAACUGGUGAUUGAGUUAAUAAAAUUGAGUGCACUGCGCACUGGUGCGUGCCGAUUUGUCUCGGACUAGGGUAGCUCUGGAAAAACCCUAGGCGGCAUCCCUAGAGUUUUCAGCAGUUAGCUUCACCCACUUCUGGCUCCGUAUGAACUCAUUUUUAGAGUUAAGGUUCCCCCACAGCCAUAUCGCCAUGUAACAGCGCUUGUUUACGGAAAGUCGACUACCUGUGCUGAUCUGAGUAUCUGAGUCUCUGAACACCUGUAUGUGCACGGAAGACGGACCCUACGAGACGUGUUGUCACUGAAUAAUACUAUCGGCUGCAACUGUGUUAAUAAAACAGUGAAUCUCUGUGAUGCCCUAGCCACAGCAGGACCCACAACAGCACCUGCCGUAAAAGCUGAGUUGAGGUGAGGUGAGAUGUCUCAGCUGUACUACCGACGGACAGACAGCUCUUCGUACCGGGACCGUAUCCCUCUGCGGAUCGUCCGGUCUGAGUCGGAGCUGUCUUCCCUGGAGAAGGCCUAUCUGGGAACCGUGGAGAAGGGAGACUACGGCAGCGUCAAACAGGCUCUGGAGGAGGCCGAGAUCUACUUCAAGAUCAACAUUAACUGUAUAGACCCGUUAGGCCGCACAGCUCUGCUGAUCGCCAUCGAGAACGAGAACCUGGAGAUCAUAGAACUACUGCUGAGCUUUAACGUGUAUGUCGGAGAUGCACUGCUGCACGCCAUCCGCAAAGAGGUGGUGGGGGCCGUGGAACUGCUUCUCAACCACAAGAAAUCCAGCGGAGGCAUGCAGGUUCCUCCGAUCCUAUUGGACAAGCAGUUCUCUGACUUCACUCCUGACAUCACCCCCAUCAUUCUGGCAGCUCACACCAACAACUAUGAGAUCAUCAAACUACUGGUGCAGAAAGGAGUGGCUGUUCCACAACCACACGAGGUGCGUUGUAACUGUGUGGAGUGUGUGUCCAGCUCGGAUGUGGACAGCCUUCGCCACUCCCGAUCCCGUCUCAACAUCUACCGAGCCCUGUCCAGCCCUUCCCUCAUCGCCCUCUCCAGUGAAGACCCCUUCCUCACAGCAUUCAGACUGAGCUGGGAACUACAGGAGCUUAGCAAGGUGGAGAAUGAGUUUAAGUCGGAGUAUGAGGAGUUAUCCCAACAGUGUAAGCAGUUUGCUAAAGACCUUCUGGAUCAGACCAGGAGCUCCAGAGAGCUGGAGAUGAUCCUGAACUACAGAGACGACAUCAACCUGCUGGAGGAGGAGGGAAACAACGACCUGGCUAGACUCAAACUGGCUAUUAAAUACCACCAGAAAGAGUUUGUAGCACAGCCCAAUUGUCAGCAGCUGCUGGCGUCUCGCUGGUACGAUGAGUUCCCAGGCUGGAGACGUCGUCACUGGGGAGGGAAGUUCCUCACCUGUGUCUUCCUCAGCCUCCUCUUCCCUGUCUUCUCCCUCUGCUACCUCAUAGCCCCGAAGAGCCGCUAUGGACUUUUCAUCAGGAAGCCCUUCAUCAAGUUUAUCUGCCACACAGCCUCCUACCUCACCUUUCUGUUCCUGCUCCUGCUGGCAUCACAGCAUAUAGUGACUACAGAACCGGACAGACAGGGGCCAGCACCUACUACUGUCGAAUGGAUGAUACUGCCCUGGGUACUGGGUUUUAUCUGGACAGAGAUCAAGCAGAUGUGGGAUGGAGGGUUGCAGGACUAUAUACAUGACUGGUGGAACCUCAUGGACUUCGUAAUGAACUCUCUGUACCUGGCUACCAUAUCACUGAAGAUAGUGGCCUAUACCAGGUACAGUGGCUGUAAGCCCAGGAACCAGUGGGAGAUGUGGCAUCCCACCCUGGUAGCUGAGGCUGUGUUUGCCAUUGCCAACAUCUUCAGUUCCCUUCGUCUCAUCUCCCUGUUCACAGCUAACUCCCACCUGGGACCUUUACAGAUCUCCUUGGGACGCAUGCUGCUGGACAUCCUCAAGUUCCUCUUCAUCUACUGUCUGGUGUUGCUGGCGUUCGCCAACGGUCUGAACCAGCUCUACUUCUACUAUGAGACAAAGGCCGCAGACGAGAACGGCAAGUGUAAAGGCAUCCGCUGUGUCGAGCAGAACAACGCUUUCUCCACGUUGUUUGAGACGCUCCAAUCUCUGUUCUGGUCUAUCUUCGGCCUGAUCAGUCUGUAUGUGACUAACGUAGAUGCGGACCAUCAGUUUACAGAGUUUGUAGGGGCCACCAUGUUUGGAACCUAUAAUAUCAUCUCCCUGGUGGUUCUACUGAACAUGCUGAUCGCCAUGAUGAACAAUUCCUACCAACACAUCGCUGACCACGCAGACAUUGAGUGGAAGUUUGCAAGGACCAAGCUGUGGAUGAGUUACUUUGAGGAGGGGGGUACUCUACCGUCUCCCUUCAAUAUCGUACCCAGCCCCAAGUCAGUGUGGUACCUGGUGUGUUGGACCAAGAGACAUGUCUGUAAGAUGCCCCACUCCAAACCGACGGACACCUUCGGCACCCUGGGGACGAGAGCAGCAGAGAACCUGAGGAGAAACCGCCAGUACCAGGAGGUGUUGAGGAACCUGGUGAAGCGAUAUGUAGCAGCCAUGAUCAGAGAUGCUAAAACAGAGGAGGGGUUGACUGAGGAGAACUUUAAGGAGCUGAAGCAGGACAUCUCUAGUUUCCGUUACGAGGUGAUGGGGAUGAUGAAGACAGGUAAACCUGGUCUGGGAGGUCCGGGGGGUGUUGUUGGGGGGGGUUCGGGUGGGUCUGGGGUUGGUGGAGGGCAGUCCUGCCUAGCCUAUGCCGACCGGUCCCUUAAGGUCCCCACCACCCCCCCCACCUCCAUUGGCCAGCUGAAGAACAACAAGAAGACACUGUUCACCGUAACCGCCUCCAUCAUCCAGCAGGGCGGCGCCACAGCCUCCUCUCCUCGGCUCCCAGACGCACUUGCCUUCAACGGGCUGAGGCUGGCUAACGGCCUGGCCCCCCUGCCCGCCGAUGGUGGUUUCUCUGCAAGCUCCAGAGACAAGCAGGGUCAGAGGAAAGACUUCCCCAGGGACAUCACUGAUUUUGGGUUGUUCCAGAAACGCCAAAGGGGUGGAGCUACUGGGGUUGGGAAUAUAUACUCUGUGUCCGAGGAGAUGGGGGAGACAGGGGAAUCGGACGGGGAGGAACGGAAGGGGGAGGCAGGGGAAUCGGAUGGGGAGGGACGGAAGGGGGAGGCAGGGGGUGAGGAGGGCAAGGGACUAUCCUCUCUGUUAUAG